GCGGGUCUGUCGUCUGCAGAAAGUAAAACGAUUACCGGAUAUUUCUGUUGAAGAACUGAAGGAAAGCUCGGGAAGCUACACAUGGCAGACAGCAGAGAAAGCCGACGCCGCAGCUCAAGUAGGCUGAGCGUCUUCACUGGGUCAUCACUGAGUCUGACCGCCACGUUCACUAGAGAUGUGUUUGUGGCGUGUGCCGACAAGGACGAGGCGCUGGUGAAAUCUCGCGUGAUCCAGCCUCUCGAGAGUAGGGAGAUCACGUGCUGCUACCCACAGCGAGACUUCAUCCCCGGACACAGCGAGUACCAGAGUGUGGUGGAGGCCAUGGAGACAAGCCGGAGGACCAUCGUUGUGCUUUCCAAGAAUUUCAAGGACUACAAACUGUUCCAUGCAAUUCUUGGUCUGAGUAACCAACUGAUCGCCCAAGGCCGUGUCAUUCCAGUAAAAAUUGAUGAGGAUACGGACCUGGAUGGUCGUUUCAGAGAUGUUGUUAUCUUGGACAUGAUGGCGAUCGACGAGACAACAUUCAUCACUAGGCUCGAAAAGGCCGUAAAUUUGGAAGCAAAAUCGCCAGGAAUCCGUGAAGACGCUGCUGUAUCAUCAGAACCAUACCCAGCAGACAGCACACCAGCGUCGUCAGAAACAAGCAGCGACAUCAGCACUGCCAACACUGACUUCCAACAAGUAUGGGAUGAACAUGACUUUCGCCACAGCACUGAAAUCAUAAACGCCGAAGAUGCAGUCACUGAAUUUAACGACCUGGACAGCAAUGAUCCGUACUAUAAGCACGAGGAAGGACACCACCUAAAAGCUGUGACAAAGACGAUAAGCCUACACAAACUAGCACACUUCAGCCGCUCCAAGAGCCAGGUAGUGGCAGACAAGGCACUGGAGAAACUCCAGGACCUUGUGAGCUCGCGCAUGGGGCACUGUGACCCUGACACGUACCUCGAAGAGCUUCAGAAAGCCGAGGUUAUCAUCAGAGAGACAAUCAACAAGAAGGGGCAGCCGGUCAUCAUCAAGCGUAGAAUGCUGAGGCUGAAGACAUACGCCCUGAUAGUGUACCAACUGGGCAUCCUGUUGGACAAGGGCGACAUCGAUCUGGAAAACAAGUUCUUCACAGCCAUAAGCGACUUCAGCAAGAACGACUUCAAGACGUACGCGAACAAAGGACUCAUUGCAGGCUAUACUGUACAAUUUGCCCAAAGCGCUGCAAAAUACACCCAGGAUAUCUCCAAACGCAAAGGAAGCAGCUUCACGUACGUAGAGAAGCUGAUACAGCGGGUGGAGGAUCAGAUAGAAGGAACCUACAAGGAGCUCCUGAAGUCUCUCUGCGACAUAACGACAGACAAGAAGAAGCACUUCUCGACAGAGAUAUUCCUGCAUGUCCUGAAGAAGAAGGUUAUGCGAGUGAAAGAUGCCAGCACAAUCUUCCUAGACGUGCUGCAGAAGGUACUUGACGCCAUCUUGAAGAACAAGAACAAGAAGAUUGAUAAGGUGUGCCGGAGUGGUCUGCUCCUAGUGGGAACCCAGAUCUUGGUCUACAUCGCCUCUAACCAUACCAACCCAGGCAUCCGUGUACAGGCUGUCAAAGGCAGCUACACGAACGACAUGGCCGGCCUGUGCCAGCUAUGGGACUACGAAGACAAGAAAUGGAAGGAGGUGGCAUCAGAAGUGUUUGACCUCUGCACGCCUCUGUGCUUCAGAUCGAAAGAUGAGGCCGUCGUACGGGCGGUUGCAGACCGAUUUCUCACUGAGACGUCUACCAGUCGUGAGCAAAGCAUGGCAGAGAUCCCGUACCAGAACGACCCUCAGCUCGACCAGACCAAAAUGCUGCCAGUGACAAUAAGAAGCAUCAAGUAUCGUCUGCAUGAAGAAGGCCAGAUUCUGACCGUCCCAGACACACAGACAUCGAGUGAAGCCGCUUUCUCAAUCAACGGUCGGAUGUCUGACACGGACGUCGUGAUCAAGUUUACAAGGUACAGCACCCGGGAAGACUUGGUGAGUAAGGAGUUGUCCUCAGACGACCUACGGAAUGAGAUCCGCGUCGUGAGGAGAAUGAACCAUCCAAAUGUGAUCAACGUCUUGGCAGCGCACGAUGGCCCCUCGCCGCCCUACUAUCUGAUAACACCUCGGAUGGAGGAAGAGACUCUCAUAGAUUACGUUAUCGGCUUGCGGAAAGCUGUUCCUACUGACGUAGUUGUUACGUUGGUCGACGCCUGCAGACAAAUUACGGAGGCCGUGAUCUACCUGUCUACCAAGGCUAAAGUAGUGCAUCGCGACAUCAUGGCGGCCAACUGCCUGUGCCGUACCCUCCCUAACGGCAGGAUGCACUGUUGUCUGACGAACUUUGGACUGUCUCGAACCAUGAAGAAAUGUGGGAGUGAGGAGAGGCAAGCGACGAAGUACGUGUGUCCAGGGAACCCCAAGGAUCCCAUAGCGUACCGCUGGUCAGCGCCGGAGUCUCUGUCUCAGGACAUCUUCACAAGUGCCUCCGAGGUGUGGAUGCUGGCCUGCCUCAUCUACGAGGUCCUGACACUUGGGGUACAUCCGUUCCCACAGUGUGAGGAUCCCAGGAAAAUGGAAGACUAUCUAAAUGAUGGGAAGCGGACUGAACAGCCGUCUUGCCUUUCCAAGCUGGAUGAGAAAAGCCGCCUGUACCAGUUCCUAUGGAUGUGUUGGAGCGCAGAACCUGCAGACAGACCGUCCCCUGAGGCUGUGCGAGAGUUCUUGGAGAAAACAACAAAGAGACACUCCAAAGGAGAUUUCUCCCACGUGUUCGUGUCUCCUCCAACCCUAAGGGGUGAAAGUAUCGUGCGGCGGUCCAUCACCAGCCAAGCAUUCCAAGCGGGCGAGGAAAGUCCAUUCUGCAGCAACCAAAUCGCUGAUGAUGCACUCAGUAUCAGCCAACCACUGUACUAUGAUCCCGUGGCUCCCGACUUUCCUAAAGGAAGUCCUAUUCGUGACGCGGACGAAUACGAUGACACAAUACAGCAGCCUCGAGUCCAAAGGACAGACCAAGCCGGUCCACCUGCCAUGAACCAGCCGCUGUACGACCGUCCCCGGCCCCGAGCCCGUAGCUUCCCUGUGAGGACCCCGGCCCAACCCUUGCGGUCGGGAAUUGCCACUGGCGAUGCGGACGAUUAUGAUGACACAAUCCAACAGACAUGCGGCUAUCAGGAGCUAAAUAUGACUUCACCAUACCAGACCCUGGAGACGCCUGGGGCAGAGUCAGGACAAGAUAGGACAACUGCGUCUGCCGUGCAUCUCCGCCAGGGGGCCCGGCCCAGGCCCUAUCGCGCCAGGGCUCCUUCGGAGGAAGGGGAAUCUCUACCACGUGGUCGGCUGCAUACUGAGCCCACACGGCCUAAUCCAAGAGUCCCCGACCCCAGAAUGAUUCAGUCAGAGAUAUUCUAUAUCUAAUGAUUUGUAAUAAAAAAUGAGUCCAACUACAAGACUCAUGUUUAGGAAUAUAGCUAUCGAUAUCUGUACUUCUAAUACUUCUGCAAAAGCUGCUGAAAGACGCUUGGGCUAUUAACCGCUAGGCCCAAUUGCGCGAACCCUAGAACCUAGUUAGCAUGAUCUGUUUGGUCGAAGUAAGCUUCAUAAGCUUUUCUCUGAGCUAGAACUGUAAGAAAUACUAAAAGAAUAGCCAUUAAAUGCUACAAUUAGCAGGCAAGCCCCCCAAGGUCUAUCUAUGCAAUCUGUAUCCAUAUAUUACUACUGUAAAAAUACCUGUAAUAUAACAAGUUCAAUGAUGUUGUUCCGAUGCAUAAGCAGAACAUAAUCAGGUAUAUUUGUAAUACCAACAUGUUUGAGUCUGAUAUUUCAGACUAUUGUGUAUGAUAAUAUUUAUCUAUAUACUACUGCGGUGAACAAAUUUACUUCUCGUGGAUGAUAACGGUUAUAGAAGGUAUAUUCUUUACGUAGGUGCUGGUGUGUUAGAAAAAUGAAAGAUAAACUGAUGUGCGAUAUCAAGGAGGUUUGAAUAUUUGAACCUCCUUCGCGAUAUAUAGUUAGAUAUUUCGUAACCUACUUUGAUUUUAGGAAAAUGUAUACAUAUUGAACGCUAAUCUAGAUAUGCAUUUUGCGCAUGCCUCUUUUUCAAAUGUGUACUAUGGUGGUGGUAUUGUCACACUGCAUUUAGAUGUUCUGGUGCAACAGUGAUACUUAGAUGUCUAACAGGCAGAAAGUCCAUGACUUACGGAAACACAUUUCAGUGAAUGGUGUAUUGAUAUGAGGGUAUAUGGUGUAAGUGUAUACUCAGAAGCUGUGUGUGUGUGGUGCGUGAUAUAGAUAGGGAUCGUCAGCGCUAGUUCUGGGAUUAUCGCCGCUGUAUAUUUUUGUAUCAAAAUUUAAGAGCUGGAUACUAAGGUGCUUAAGAUACAAUAUUACCUCCACUAGGAUGGCUCUGGUAGUGUUGUUUUCUUUCAUAAUUUUUGUAUUCGUUUUGUAUAUCAUUAAAUCAAAGAGACAAAGCCAUCAUUCAUUGUGUGGGAUAUCACCGCGGUGAUUUAGCACGGCGUUAUGAUAUUACCAUAUCUUCAUAAUGUAUAACAAGGUCUAACCACAUACCAAAUAUCACGAUGAUCCAUCUACGCCGUGUUGAGUUAUGCUUAUCACUCCCAAUACGACAAUCCUAGAGUAUAGCAAUAGGCUUGCCCCAGAGGCGUCACCAAAAACACACACGUACUCACGUCAACACGAAGAUAUCGACCACACAACAACGGAAUUUCGAAACGUGUUCUUUAUUGACGCUUGCUCCCAGUCAACAUAUACAUUGUUCUUCCUGAGGCUAUCAGUUAAGAUACGUUUAUUUUUGCAGCAGAAGUGAAUAUACAAUGCAGAGACAAGAGCGUUCCUUAAUCAAACUUUGUAAUACGCAUAUAAGCGAAAUAGAGUUAGUUCAGAUGUAGGCAUUUAUAAUACGUCACUUUUAAAAUGCUCAUUGAUUAGAAGGGUGCAAACGUCAUUACUGUUCUGAGUACACAAAUUCUGUUGCUUUUCUUUAUCACAAAAAAAGCCGCGGCAAAAACGCGAUAAAAAUACAAGUAGAGAAGUACGCAAGUGAAAUGCCAGCCAUUUCUAACUAAUUUAACAACUAUAGUAGAGUCUCGUACAUUUACGCGAGAUUCAGUUGAGAUGUGUAUUUCAUCACAAUUAAUACUCUGGAUUUGAAAUACCCGUCAUCCUUUUCAAUUCAUCAAAAUCGAUAAUAACUGAUUUGUAGCCAGAUGUUGCAGGAUGUACAUUUUUUUCGGAUGACAUAGUUUUCUUUAACACUACCAGACUAAGACAUCCGAAACAGUCAUCUGUACCAACCCCCAUCUGCUUGGAAACAACAACAUAUUCACAUUUCUUAUGCAGGCCACAGACGUGCAAAAGCCAUUCUUGAAAUUCCGUUUCAAGCCGACCAUUCAUAAGAAGAGCCAUUGCUUUAAGCUAUACAAUUUAAGUAAAGUUAGCAUCAGAAUUCAUGGAUUCGGCACAAGUUCUUUACAUAAUAUUCCUAUGUAUUUGAAUGGAUUCACUCUUUUCAUAUUCAAAGAGAUACAAUGUGAUCCGGUCAUUUCCCACAUACCCGACCCUUCCUUUCUAUACCUUAAUAUAAUCGAACGCACCAAAAGUAAACCUUGAAUAAAAUUCAUAUCAAAAUUCUUGGUCUUCAAAAAGUUCAAAGAUUUUCAAAGUAAUUAUUUACAUUUGGCAAAAUUUAGGUUUGAAAUAGAAGCCUUGGAUAAUGCAAGUUCCCAAAUUCAUCUUAAUUGGUCCAUAUAGUAUUGGAUGACGUAACGUAAUACGCCUAUAAUACUUCUUCCGAUUCUUUGACUAGCCUCAAUAUCUGAGGAAAAAAAUGUUGAGAUGCAAAAAAAUAAAUAGUUGCCGUUAUAAAGUAGGCAAUCUACUAAUACCAUGACGUUUCUUGCAACGGUUACUGGGAAGUCAAAACAAUUUCGUUCGAAUCGGUGUACUCUUGUGAGAGAGCUACAGCACUUACGUAUUGUGAUAAAACGAUCACAUCAAGGUGCAUAAAAACUGAAGUAGGAUUUUAACAAUUCCCUUCAUUUUGUACAAGUGCCUCUGAACCUCCACACGUAGGAAAUAUAUUUCUGUAGUGCAGAGCGUGUAGAUGCCAAAACGGCAGAGAGAGAAGACUUAGAAUUAUUGUAACAAAUACUACAAGAAUUCUUGUUAAUUACUCAUGGCCCUGCUGUACUACCCCAUGUUUCAAUCUACUGAGGUAUAAUGGUAAAUCUACAAGAUACUACACCAAUUAUUCGGUAACAACUAGUUUUGGUGUGAUCUAUUUUUGGUCUAGGCACUAGUGUCGAGUUAAUGUUGUAGGCAGGGUAGUCAACUCAUGCGCCUUGUGGCGCAAUACUCAAUGAAGUCGCUAGGAUGAAGACAGGCGCUGCAGACACCUCUACCAUGCAGAUGCCAGAGCGCUUGGAACACCUCAGUUGGGCAGCGGUAUUAUAUUAAGGGAGAGCUGGCAGUAUUUUGUAACAGAUUCUGAAAAAGAGAAUGCGCUGGAGUAGUGACAAGUGCAUGCAUAGCGUGACAGAAGAAUUUUGCUCACCAGCAAUAAUAUAAUGCAGAGCUCAUAUUUGCCACCAAAUGAGAAAACGAGACACACAACCGUAUCUCCCCAGCGAACAGAACACUACAUCUCAUGAGGGGAGGAAAAUUCACAA